ACUUCUUCUGCUGGCCUUGGACCGUAAUUCGUCGUUUGUUCGCCUACAAGAUCUGCCUGACGUUUUCCUCGCAGUGUCCGAAAAUCCCGUGGGCAAAGAAUUCAUGUUCAAUUUCCUCCUGGAACGGUGGGAGGACAUUCUCAAAAGCUUGCCAACGGAACACAGAGCGAUCGAGAAAGUAAUCAAAUACUGCAGCGCAGGCAUUCGAUCAGAGCAACAGAUAGAUCA